GCUCGCGUCCCGGCUCUCCAUGCUGGGCGCGGCCUUCGGGCCGGGCGUCUCUGGGCCGUGGCACGGGCUGGCGGCGUCCCCCGCCAGCACCGCCGCCGCAACGCUGACGCCCUCGCCGGCCCACCAGUCCGCCUCGGACUUCGCCACCCCCAUGGAGGCGGCGGCUCUGCCGGAG